AUGGCUCAAGUCCUGGUUGUCUAUCCCUCUGGUCCGUCGUUUGACCAUGACUACUACAUCAAGACCCACAUGCCCCUCGUCGCUGCUUCUUGGGGCUCUCUUGGUCUCCUGAGCUGGGAGAUCCUCAACUUCCCCGCCGAUGCUCCUUACCAGGUCCAGGCUACGCUGAAGUGGAAGAGCAUCGCCGACUUUGAGGCUGCCGCUGCCUCCCCCGCAGCUGAGAAGGUUUUUGGGGACAUCAAGAACUUUACUUCUGCUGAGCCUAUUCUUCUCAAGGGCGAUGUCGUUGCCUCUCAGUCUCUGGCUUGA